AUCUCUCUCUCUCUAACCCAACAAUUUAAAGAAUCGAAUCCUCUUCUAUAAUACCUUUCUCUUCAACAGAUCCGCCGCAGCUAUGCAGCAGAAAGUAACCAUACUGAACAAGCGCGACGAGAAACUUGUCGGUGUGUUGCACGACACUGCAUCGCAAAAACUCGUAGUUCUAUGCCAUGGCUUUCGAUCCACAAAGGAGUUUGAUAUCAUGGUCAACGUUGCUUCUGCUUUAGAAAGCGAAGGGAUCAGUGCAUUUCGCUUCGAUUUCUCUGGAAAUGGGGAAAGUGAAGGUUUAUUUCAUUUCGGUAACUACUCGAGCGAGGUGGAAGACUUAAGAUCCGUAAUUGACUACUUCCAAGAAAUAAAUCGUUCGACAGUUGCAAUUCUUGGGCAUAGUAAAGGUGGAAAUGUUGUACUCCUGUAUGCUUCUAAAUAUCACGAUAUACCUGCGGUGGUAAAUAUCUCUGGUCGGUACGAUCUCAAGAAAGGACUCGAAGAACGCAUCGGAAAAAAAUUCUUGGAAAAAAUCAACAAGGAUGGAUACAUUGAUAUUAAAAAAAGAACAGGAGAAGUGGAUUAUCGAGGACAAGGAGCUAACCAUGGUUACUCUUCACAUCAAGAUGAAUUAGUUUCUGCAGUUUUGCCUUUCAUUAAAGAAUUAAAUGCACUUACAAUUUGAAGACUGAAGAUUUGUGUGUUGGAACACAAUGUACACGUGUACAAGUAUAGAGACAUUAUAUUGUAUGGAGAUGUAUUGAAUAUAGUUUCUUGGGUGAAGCUAUUAUUGCCUGUGAAGUUCUGUUGCA